AUGGAGCAGUUAAUCCCCAUCAUGAAUCGCCUACAGGACGCGCUCCUCACACUGGGGAGUGCAGAUGGCACAACGUUUGAUCUGCCGCAGAUAGCUGUCGUAGGAGCGCAGUCCGUGGGGAAGUCUUCAGUCCUAGAGGCAGUGAUUGGCAAGGACUUCCUUCCCCGGGGCGCCGGUAUUGUCACCAGGCGGCCACUAAUUCUUCAGCUCCAGCAUACAGCUGGGACGGCGGAAUGGGGAGAAUUUAGUCACUCUCCUGGGCAUCGCUUUACAGACUUCGCUCAGAUCAGAAGGGAAAUAGAAAGGGAAACAGAAAGGGUGACAGGCCGUUCCAAGAAUAUCUCACCUAUUCCUAUUUGCCUCAAGAUUUUCUCCCCGAACGUUAUUGACUUGACUCUGGUAGAUUUACCAGGCAUUACAAAAGUGCCAGUUGGGGAUCAGCCUUCGGAUAUCGAGCUGCAAAUCCGCAAGAUAGUCCUGCAAUAUAUAAGUCAACCUUCCUGUGUGAUCCUUGCCAUCACUGCGGCAAAUACCGACAUCGCCAACUCUGACAGUCUCAAGAUCGCCCGUGAGGCAGACCCGGAGGGCAGAAGGACAAUCGGUGUCGUUACCAAGGUUGACACCAUGGAGGAGGGCGCUGAUUGUGCUGACGUUCUCCUAGGGAAAGUAUAUCCAUUGAGACGGGGGUUUGUUGGCGUAGUGUGUAGAAGCCUCGCCCAGACGCGUGAACAGCUUUCUCCCAGAGCUGUACAGGAAGAGGAGGCAAAGUUUUUCCAGAACCAUCCAGCCUACAAGGUGCUAAUGCAGCACAUCAGAGAGUCGUUGCCAGAAUUGCGCGAGCGGCUCCAGAAGAGACUCCAGGAGGCAGAAGCGGAACUGGCGGGCUACGGAGAUCCACUGCUGGAAGUCAAGGGGAAUGCUGGGGCUUUGCUCUUGCACUUCUUUUCAAAGUUUGCACGUAAUUUCCAGGAUGCAAUUGAUGGAAAGCUCCAGUCUCAGCAUUCGUCGGAUCAUUUGAUGGGCGGUGCUCGUAUCAAUUUUAUCUUCCAUGAUUGGUAUGGCCGGGCUCUGGCCGAAUUCGACCCGCUUAGUGGCCUAACAGACCACGAAAUCCGCACAGCCAUACGAAAUGCGACCGGGCCCAAAGCUGCCCUCUUUGUACCGGAAAGCGCAUUUGAAAUUCUCGUGAAGAAACAAAUUCAGCAGUUGGAAAGCCCUUCUUUGCUUUGUGUGGAGCAAGUGUACGAUGAGCUGCAGAAGAUAGUCGAAAAAUCUGAACUACCGGAAAUGUCAAGAUUCACGAAUUUAAGAGACCGCAUUUUGGAAGUUGUUUGUGGCGUUUUAAAGAGAUGCCUUGCGCCAACAAACCAAAUGAUUCAUAAUAUAAUCCAAAUCGAGCUUGCGUACAUAAAUACCAACCAUCCGGACUUUAUGAGCAACAAAGCUCUUCCGGGCCUCUUUGGCGAUAACGCCAGUGGGAGACGCGACUCAUGUUCGCCGGGUCUUGGGAGCUCUUUACAGCCUCCACAGCAUCAGCAGCAGCCAAGUGGAAAGCCCGCAGCACCUGCAGAUAAAGACCUACCGCCAUCACCUCGGGGAGAGUUUGGCGUUGGAGGUGUGUUACAACAAGGCGGUUUCUUCAGCUUUUUGAAGAAUUCUAGACCGUCUCCUCACGGGGGCAGGCACAAUGCUGCCAAUAUGGUGCAGCCGGCUCCACAGCAGCCGCAGCAGAUGCUACAUCCAAGCAUGCAGCAACCUCAUCCACAGCGCUCGGACAUGGCCAAUACAGCUGAGAGAUUCACGGCAGAGCCUCGUCUUACCGCCACGUUUGACAAGCUUCGGGGAGGUGGAGGUAUUCGCAUGCCCGCUGUUCCGCCCGUUGUCGCUCCAUCAGACACCCCAUCUGACCGGGAACAAAUUGAAACAGAGCUCAUAAAGUCUCUGUUGUGGUCGUACUUCCAAAUUGUUAGGAAAAAUGUUGCAGACGCAGUACCAAAAGCAAUCAUGUACUUUAUGGUAAAUACCGCGAAGGAUGUGCUGCAGAGAGAGCUGGUAGCUCAGCUUUAUAGAGAAGAGCUUUUCGGAGAGCUUAUGAAGGAGGCUGGGGAUAUUAGUGCGAAACGACAGCAAUGCAAGCAAUUGUUGAAGUCGAUAAGGAGUGCGCUGGAUAUUGUUUCCAACGUCAGGGAGCUUGGGUCAGAGGAUGGGUUGCCAUCUCGUCGACCAUUCUAG